ACGACGCGGGACUGUGUUCUGUGGUAACAGACGAGGCAAUGGCGGGUAUUUCCAUGCGACAUCUGUGAGUUCUGUGAAUCGUUUUCAGUCUGUGUGUGUAUAAGAGGGCUAUGAUGGCACACCUGAGGUUAUGGAGUGUGUUGCUGCUGAUCCUGUGGUACCAUCACCACACCCGAGCUGCUAAACUCAACAUCCCCAAAGUCCUGCUGCCUCUGGCCAGGUCCACCAAGAUCAACUUCACGCUGGAGGCCACUGAAGGAUGUUACAGAUGGUCGUCGAACAGGCCGGAGGUGGCGAGCGUCGAAGCUCUAGGCGUGGACGAGCGCCAGUGUUCUCAGAGAGCCGUGCUCCAGGCUCGAUCCACUCAGCCGUCCAGACUCACCAGCAUCAUCCUAGCCGAGGAUAUCCUGACGGGUCAGGUGCUGCGCUGCGACGCCAUCGUGGACAUCAUCAGCGAGAUCCAGGUCGUAUCCACCACCAGGGAGCUUCACCUGGAGGACUCGCCUCUGGAGCUGACCAUCCACGCGCUGGACUCGGAGGGGAACACGUUCAGCACGCUGGCCGGUCUGGUGUUCGACUGGAGCCUCGUGAAGGGAACAGAAAUGGCCAGUUUUCCUGAUUCCUACAACGCAUUACGAGUCCUCAGGUUCUCCGAGUCCACCUACACGCCGCCGGGGUACAUCUCCGAGAUGGAGCGAGUGGGAAAGCAGGGCGAUUUCAUCCUGGUGUCGGGGAUUAAGAUCGGCCACGCCAAACUGAAAGCCAAAAUCCAGGAGCCUCUGUACACGCACGUCGGAGCCGCUGAGGUGAAGCUGCUGAUCCUGGAGAACAUCCUGCUGAGCCCCGCUUACGACGUCUACCUGCUGGCCGGCACCUCCAUCAGAUACAGGGUCCAGAAAAUCCGCCAGGGGAAGAUCGCAGAGCUGUCCAUGCCAUGCGAUCAGUACGAGCUGCAGUUGAAGAACAGCGUGGUCCUUCCCGGAGGACCCUCGCGGUCGUCUGUAGCCGAGCUCGAUCAGAGAACCUCCGUCGUCCACGCCCUCCAGCAGGGCCACACCAACGUGGUCCUGGAUCACAAGAGUCUGGAUAUGAAGGGCGCGUCACGCCUGCCGAACAGCACUCUGUACGUUGUGGAGCCUGGAUACUUGGGGUUUAAGAUCAGUCCUGGAGACCGCUGGGUUCUGGAGACCGGGCGCACCUACGAGAUCUUCAUCGAAGUCUACGACAAGUCCAGUAACAGGAUUCAUAUAUCGGAUAACGUGCGGAUCGAAGCCGUCUUCCCUAAGGAGUACUUUGAAAUGGGGGUUUCGUCCCUGAACGGAUCCUACCACCACGUGAAAGCUGUGAAAAAUGGCCAGGCGCUGAUCGAAGGCUUCCUGAAGUCUGUCGUCGACCAGGCGGGAGCCGUGCACGAGCUUCCUUUCCCGGUACGGAACGAGCAGGACGUGGAGAUCUACAACCCCAUCGUGCUCACUCCGGCCAUCCUCACCUUUCCAUGGCAGCCUAAGGAGGGAGCGUAUCAGUACACCAUCCAGGCGAGCAGAGGGAGCGGAAACUUCAGCUGGUCUUCGUCCAACACCGCUGUGGCUACCGUCACGGUGAAGGGGCUGAUGGCGACCGUCCGGGACAUCGGCGUGAGCACCGUCUACGCUCACGACCUGCGCAAUCCACUGCAUUACGGGGAAAUGAAGGUGUACGUGAUCGAGCCGGUCAGGAUGGAGUUCGCUCCCUGUGUGGUGGAGGCGCGGCUGAACCUGGCUCUGGAGCUCCCGCUGCGCAUCUUCGGCCAGCUGAGCCUGGAGGACGGGGAGAAGGUCACGCUGAGCGACUGCUCGCACUUCGACCUGCAGGUCACCAUGGAGAACCAGGGCGUGUUUCAGCUGCUGGAGGGCCGAUUACCUCCGGGCACCGAGCACUGCAGUGGUGUCCGGUUACAGGCCAUGACUCCGGGUUACACCAACCUGCUGGUCAGCUACACUCACGGCAACGUUCACCUGAGCGCAAAGAUCACCAUCGCCGCCUACCCUCCCCUCCGCGCCGUUGACCCUGUAUCGGCCGCUCUGGUCACUCUGGGCUCCUCUAAAGACAUGCUGUUCGAGGGAGGACCGAAGCCGUGGAUCCUCGAACCCUCGAAAUUCUUCGUGAACCUGACGGCCGAGGACACGGGCAGCGUCACGCUGACCCUGACCGGUCCGGCCUCGCGCAACCACUUCACGCACCAAGUGAGAGCCGCCUGCAGGGCGCUCGGGGAACAGGUGUUGGCCGUGACCGUGGGUAAUCGACCCACGCUCACAAACCCCUUCCCGGUCGUGGAACCGGUGGUGGUGAAGUUCAUCUGCGCUCCUCCGUCACGUCUGGCGCUUGUGCCCGUCUAUACCGACGCCAAGCUCGACCUGUCCUGCCCCCUGCUUCAGCAGAACAAGCAAGUGGUUCCCGUGUCUAACUACCGGAAUCCCGAGCUGGACCUGGCGGCCUUCGACCAGCAGGGCAGGAAGUUCGAUAACUUCAGCUCUCUGAGCGUGUUGUGGGAAUCGUCCAAGGCGGCGCUGGCGAGCAUCGAGCCCGCCCGACCCAUGGAGCUGUACCUGAACGAGGACGCCAACAAGCAGACGAAGAUGCACGGUCGUCAGACGGUGGUGGUGCAUCACGAGUCGGGGCUCGCGGCCGUCACGGUCAGCGCCGUGGGAUACCAGGCGUCUCACCUGGAGACAGCACUUGUUCUACUUGGAUUUGAGCCUCUGACCGCGGUCUCUGCUACUCUGGACUUGUUGCUGGUGGAGGACGUAACGGUGAACCCGCAGUCUGUCUCCAUAUACAACCACCCUGACGUUCGGGCGGACCUGACGCUGCGCCAGGGUUCGGGGUAUUUCUUCGUCAACACGAGCGCGAAGGGAAUCGCCGAUGUGACGUUUCGGGAGAAUCAGGGAACGGCCGAGGUGGUGCCGGUAUGCCCGGGCGUCCUGCGGGUGAUGGUUCACGACCUGUGCUUGACGUUCCCGGCCCCCGCCACAGCGACGGUGCACGUGUCGGACAUCCUGGAGGUUUACGUCCGUGUGGUGGAUAAGGUGGAGAUCGGAAAGUCCGUCAGAGCGUACGUUCGAGUUCUGGACGAUAACCGGGUGCCCUUCCUCGCCAAAUUCUUCCCUCACAUGAACCUGAAACUCAAUGCAGCGUCGACCAUCGUGUCCUUGCAACCUCUGUCGGAGCACUCGGAGAAGGACACGGCCACGUUCAUGGUGAAGGGACUGGUGAUCGGACAGACCAUCGUGUCUGCAGUCGUGACCGACAAGAACGGGAGGAUUAUAACGUCUGCGCCUCAGCAAAUCGAAGUUUUUCCACCUUUCAGGCUUCUACCAAGAAAAGUCACGCUGAUUAUCGGUGCAGCCAUGCAGAUCACGUCGGAGGGAGGCCCGCAGCCCCAGUCCAACAUCCUCUUCACGCCCAGCGACGCCAACGUAGCGUCCAUCAACGGCAGCGGCCUGGUCUGGGGUCUCGCCGUCGGCAACAUGACCGUCACCGGAGUCGUACGGGCUAUCGACACGGAGAGCGGCAAGCUGGUGGUCAUCUCGAAGGAUCAAGUGGAGGUCGAGGUCAUCCAGCUGAAGGCCAUCCGAAUCCGAGCACCCAUCACCAGAAUGAAGUUGGGCACCAUGAUGCCGGUGUACGUGAUGGGUCUGACCAGCAGCGAGACUCCGUUCUCUUUCGGGAACGCUCUCCCGGGACUCACUUUCCACUGGAGCGUGACCAAGAGGGACAUCCUGGAUGUUCACACUCGGCACUCGGAGGCCUCCGUGAAACUCGGCGACGAGCACAACUUUGCCAUGAGCGUGUCUGGUCGGAGCAAAGGCCGUACGGGGCUGAAGGUGGUGGUGAGGGCUACCGUGCCUGACGCUGGACAUUUGGCUGGAAACAAGCUGGAGCUGACCGAUGAGAUCCAAAUCCAGGUUUAUGAGAAACUGCAGAUGCUGAACCCUGAGGUGCAGGCUGAGGAGCUUCUGAUGUCCCCGAACUCCUUAUUAAAGCUCCAGACCAACCGGGAUGGGUUGGGUACGCUGUCGUAUCGGGUGCUGGACUGCCCGGAUAAAGCUCCCCUCAUCCACGUGGACGAUCAGGGUCAUCUAACGUCGGGCUCUCUGACUGGCACAGCCUCUCUUCAGAUCUGCGCUCGGGAGAGCUUCGGCGUGAACCAAACCAUCAUCCUCGCCGUUAAGGUGGUCACCGUGUCGUAUCUGAGGCUGAGCACCGGUCCGGUCUUCCACACGGCUAACAAGGACGGCCUGUCGGGCAUCCCGCUGGGCGCGGUGCUCACCUUUACCGUUCACUUCCACGACAGCAGCGGAGAAGCUCUGCACGGACACAACUCUCACCUGACCUUCAGCACCAACAGGGACGACUUGGUGCAGGUGGGUAAGGACUUAAAUAACGGCUCCCUCACCGUCAGGACCGUGAACGUCGGACUGACUCUGUUGAGCGUGUGGGACUCGGAGCAGUCCGGCCUGGUGGAUUACGUCGCUCUGCCGGUCCGGCACGCCAUCCGGCCGGUCGACGCCCACAGCCUGGUGCCCGCCGACGUCGUGUGCUUUUCAGCGCAGCUCCUCAGCCCUGACGGACUCCCGGGCACCUGGAGCUCUUCGUCCAGCUCGAUUCUGGAGAUCCAUCCCAGAACGGGCGUGGCUGUAGCCAGGGACGUGGGCACGGUCACCGUUUACUACGAGAUACCGGGACAACUGCGCACCUACAGAGAGGUGGUCGUCAGCGGUGUGUCCAGGACGGCCGCCAUGGUUCCCUCAGGUACUGCGAGGAACGACAGGGAGACCAAAGUGUUGCUGACCACCCGAACACAAGGAACCAACCUCAUAGGUGCAGAUAGCUGCUCGUCCGCGCAGUUGGAAUCUGUCGCUUCGAUGCACCCUGAAAAGUCCAUCAGCUGCCGCCUGCGCUUCACCAGCAGCGCCGUCGACUUCUCGGCCCACGACGUCUACCACACUCACACCAGCUUCGAUGCGGCUACAGGUCUGUACAGCUGUGCGCUGACCCUCGGCCCGAUAAGCGAGCAGCAGAUCCGGGUCCUGAGCGCCUCCGCGAGCACCGUGCUGGUGGAGGCGGGCGUGGAGGGGAGCCGUCUCUCGGGGGAGCGCGUCGGCGUCGAGGUGCAGGUCAACCCGGGCUUCUACUGCGACAAGACGCACAUCGUUCUGAGCGUCCAGAACGCCGUGGCGGACCUGACCGUGUACGGGGCGUCGACUCUGCUCCAGCACCUGGAGGUGACGUCGAGCUCGUCCUCUAUAGACGUGCAGGAGGAGGAGGUCUCUCGCACCUAUCCCAGCUUCGUCAGAUACGCCGUCUCCCUGGUGAACCCGCGAGACGUCACGUCCGCCACCCUGACCGUCACCAGCUCGGCCAUCGAGCAGCAGCUCCUGGUUCCUGUGACGGUCAUACACGAGGCCAAAGGGAGUUCAGUGGAGAAUGAGGGUGCUGGUAUUCUGCAGCAGUUUAUGGACUCCUACCAGGUGAUGUUCUUCACCCUGUUCGCUCUGCUGGCCGGUACAGCCGUUAUUGUGAUCGUGUGCCAUGCUGUCUUCUCUCCUAGAGAUCAUCAAGUUGGUCCAGCCUUCAUCCAGAGAUCUCCACCAUCACCAGCCACGCCCAUCGGGACUCAUUACAACCACAGGAUCAACUUGGGCAUGAGAGCGAGUCCGAACCUGCACCUUUUCUCUCCCUCUUUUUUUACAGACUUGACUUGUCUUGCCUGUGUGUGUGUGUGCGUGUGUGUGUGUGUGUGUGUGCUUCGUAAUAGCGUCAGCGCUCUAUAGAAAUUCGUUGCAAUGCAAAUCUGAAGCCGAAAGUCGGAGACUGAUGACCGCUACGCCUCGCUUGGUUUAUUUAGCUAGUUUAAAUGCAUUUUGUUUGAACGUGUACGUGGGUGCGAUUUAUGAUUAUAUUUAUAAUAGCAGCUUGUUUUAUAAUUAGGCAUUUUUUAUUAUAAUCGAUUGAACAUGUGAAUUUUUCAAACUCAGGAUGAAUCUUCCUCACGUCCAGCCGUUGGAAAUGUAGCGCCGAACGUGGUGAAUAGUGAUGCCACUGAAUCACUUCUGUUGCUCGAACGUUAACGUGGCGUUAAUGCAGAUUUUUGUUUGAGUUAGUGAACGUGUUUCUACUGUUUCUGUUGAAGACCAGAAAUCCCUCGGUGCGCCUCUUGUGAGCCAGUGUGCAGCUUCUCACCAGCGCUGGUGAAUUAAUUAUUCUGAGCUAAUUCUUGAGUCCGAAUCUGCUGCUAAGAGUUACUUUUAUUUUAUUGAUUGUCAAAACUGACAUUAUUUAUGAUUUCCUCUUUUAACGACUGUUAAUCAAACAAGAACUUCAGGUUUAAUGAUCCCUAUGUUAUAACACCGGCCAGGUACAAAGUGUUGCAUUUUUCCCCAUUUCCUCCCAAUUUAGUCGUAUCCAGUUCCCCAGACACGCCCCCUACCGAACGUCUCUUUUCACCUGCGUCAGACGGGUUCAUAUAACGAUCGCAUAUCGCGUACAGAGAGUCGAACAUUGAUCAGCCAGCAGAGGGCGUAAUUGCAGGAUGUGCAUUUACAUUUUCAGCAUUUAGCAGACGCUUUUAUUCAAAGCGUGCUGUGACGGUAUACUGUCUAAGCAAUUGAGGAUUGAGGGCCUUGCUCAAGGGCCCAACAGUGGCAGCCUGGCAGUUGUGGGGCUUGAAUCAGCGACCUUGUGGUUACUAACCACUUAAGCUACAACUGCCCAACUGGGGUGGCAUGGUGUCUAAGUGGGUAGCACUGUCGCCUCAUAGCAAGAGGGUCCUGGGUUCGAGCCCCAGGCGGGGCGGUCCGGGUUCUUUCUGUGUGCAGUUUGCAUGUUCUCCCCGUGUCCGCGUGGGUUUGCUCCGGUUUCCUCCCACAGUCCAGAGACGUGCAAGUGAGGUGAAUUGGAGAUACUAAAUUGUCCAUGACUGCUCGAUGAAACCUUGAGAACUGAUGAACCUUGUGUAACGAGUAACGACCGUUCCUGUCAUGAAGGUAACCAGAGUGUAAAACAUGACGUUAAAAUCCUAAUAAACAAACAUUACUGCCCAACUGCAGCAUCAAUGAGGAAACCCUCCGACCCUUCCACUCUGUAACUCUGGUGUGUAAGUGUGCUUUUAGAAGCUUAAAGUAAAAUGUUGGACAGACUGUUCCAUGUGAUCCCUGUAAACGGGCACCAGGGGGUGUUGAAAGCAGCUGGGAGUGUAUGUGAGUUAAAUUUAGCCCCUCGUAUCGCCUUCAGAUUAAAAAAGUGCAUUAUUUAAUAAGCUGGAGGGUUUAUUUAAUAAAAGAGGUUUGAGAAGCGUUCAUUACAAUAAUCCUGUGGAAUCGUUACUGUUAUAUAAUAAAAGCAGCUCUUUACAGCAGAUUCAGAAUUUUCUACCUUGGUGUUAAUGAAGCACUGAUUUUCAUUUUGUCUCAUUU